UCAUACUUAUUCAUUCCUUCAUCUUGUUAGUUCAGGCCAUUACUUUGUCAACGUGCAUAGUUGCUCACAACAAUGCAUUGUUUGCAUUGUUGGUCUCAAACAAUUUUACAGAGAUUAAAAGUAAUGUGUUUAAGCGCUACAGCAAGGAUAAUGUUCACAAUCUAGUAUAUGCUGAUGCUGUUGAGAGGUUCCAUAUUUCGGCAUUUCUCCUGUUUGUUUUAGCUCAAAAUAUACUGGAGGCGGAAGGACCUUGGCUUCAAAGUUUCAUUUAUAAUGCCCUUGUUGUGUACAUAUGUGAAAUGAUGAUUGAUAUAAUUAAACAUUCUUUUGUUGCCAAAUUCAACAACAUCAAGCCCAUGGCAUUUUCAGAAUUUCUUGAGGAUCUUUGCAAGCAGACAUGGAACCAGCCUGAGAGUGCAAAGAAUAACCUGGUUUUCAUUCCUCUAGCGCCAGCUUGCGUGGUAAUUCGAGUGCUUCGUCCAGUUUAUGCAGCUCAUCUUCCGUACAGUCCCCUCUCUUGGCGGGUAUUUUGGAUUCUCCUCUUGUCGGCAUUGAGCUUUGUCAUGCUAGCCAGCCUCAAAAUAUUGGUCGGAAUGGGGUUGAAGAAACACGCGGGUUGGUAUAUAAAGAGGUGCCAGAGAAGGAAAAAGCUCCACAGUGACUGAAGAAGGGUGAUGCUUUUUCACUAUCACAUGGAAAAAUCACUCUUAAGACGAGAAACGCCUCUUCGUGUGCCUAACCAUACAUGUGAUGAAACCUCGCGGGAAGUUUUUCUUGCAAACCCAAUGGCAAAAGGUUCGUAUAUUGCUUCAAAUUUUGCGUUCGGGGCGAAAUCCAACCGUGACUUGUGAAUACACACGCGCGCGUGGACACGCAAAUGAGUCGUAUAGAGAAUGCUUUGAAUGGAUUGGGAAACAUUUUUGUGUGGCAAGUUAUAGUGCAAUGUAAUCAGAUUUACACUCAGAUACUAUGAGAGACUUCUUCAGUUUCAACUUAUUCCUAGGGAGUAAAGAUGAUGUUUAACUUUUUUUUUUAAGAGGAGGAAAUAUAUUCUAAAUAACGUUAGAGAUAUAUUUAGAUCUAAACUUGUUCAAUUUUGGAUAUUUUAAAUUUAGAGGUACUUUUAUAACCUUUUGCAUGAUUCAAAAAUGCAUAUUCCUCAUGAUUUGGGAACACGUGGAAGCAAAUGGGAGAUUCACCGGUGUCUUGAAAGUUGAAACCACGAGCAUGAAGAAUAAUAUAUGGAUCGGAUAGCCAAUGUUAGAGGUCGUUGUAGAUGCGUCGUUUGUCAAGUUAAGUCGUUG